AUGCACACAUCUGGGGAGCCCACCAGAAUCAUUAUCUCCGGCUACCCACCUCUUCACGGGACCACCCUCCUCGAAAAGCGGCGUUACGCAAAGGAGCACCACGAUGAUAUCCGACGACGGCUAAUGCUGGAGCCCCGCGGACACGAAGGGAUGUACGGUGCCAUCAUCGUGCAGGAAACUGAGCUCACGAAGAGCGGCGAGGCAGACAUUGGGGUGCUUUUUUGUCAUAACGAGGGCUAUUCAACAAUGUGCGGCCACGCUACGAUCGCUCUAGGUCGGUUUCUCGUCGAUACGCACGACUUGAAGGUGUUCCCCCGACGCGACGCGCUUAAAACAAUGAAUGGCGUAACAGAACUGAGGAUCCACGCGCCUUGCGGGGUGAUACAUGUCAGUGUCCCCUCGGAUUCCGACGAAGUGACCUUUCUAGGCAUACCGAGUUUUGUGAGUAAGCGCGGGUUGACGAUAGAUAUUCCUCAGAGUGAACGAGGGUUCAUAUCGAAAGAACGAGUGACGGUGGACAUCGCGUAUGGAGGAGCUUUCUACGUGCUCGUCUCUAUGCAAGAGCUUGGUGCGGGGGGUGACAUUGUCGAGGCAGCAGCGGCAAUCGAGAGACUCGUCAACUUGAAAGCCACACAAGAAGAGAUAAUCAAGCACCCAACGGAACGCGAUCUCGAGUUUCUCUACGGCGUAAUCGUAACUGAUAAGACGCGAGGCGGGCCGAGAGGAGAGUUGGGACUCUGUUUCUUUGCAGGCGGACAGGUCGAUCGGAGUCCAACAGGGUCGGGUGUGAUGGCCAAGGUGGCGCUGGCAGUCAAGGAGGGAUGGCUAGGCGUCGGGUUGGACGAGUGGUGGGGAUACGAGUCGGUGGUCAGUUUGGAGACGGAAACAUUGGGAUUUCAAGGGUGUGCAGUAGAAAAGCGGGAAGAGGGCAUCGUGGUUAUGGUUAAGGGCAGGGCGAACUAUACUGGAGCGAGCGCAUUCGUGUGUGAAGAGCAAGACCCAUUGAAGGAUGGCUUUGUUUUGAAGUUGCCUGAGUAG